UGCAGGAGUCAGUGAAGGGAUGAAAGUGAAGUCCAACUCCUGAACACAGUGAAGAGUGAAGAAGAGGAGGAGAGAGAGAGAGAAGGGGAGCAAGCACGCGCGUCAGGAGCCUCCAAAGAGUUGGUGCGCUUUCCAGUGCAGGUUUUUGAAGUCCUGAACCGAUUUGCAGUGGAUGUACAGGCAUGUCGCCGGAGCACGAGAGCGGAGGAAGGUGGUGGCCCAGGCGGACAGCACAGAGACUGGCCCUGCAAGGGUGUCAACAACAACAACGCUGCUUUCUGCACUGCAUCCUGAUUGUCCUGAGCAGCUGUGUGAUGCGCACUGCUGCCGGAGCUGAAGCUCCCUCCGAGCCGAACGUGGUGACUGCCUCCAGCUGGAAUGUUUCCAGUGAAGCACAGAAAGACCACUUCCUCAAACUUGAUGCUCCCAUGAACAACAUCACCACGUCCCUGGGCCACACUGCCGAGCUGCACUGCCAUGUGUCGGGAAACCCGCCGCCCACUGUGCGUUGGCUGAAGAACGACGCUCCAGUGACUCCAGAGGCGCGGCGCGUUUCCUACAAACAGACUCCAUAUGGCUCUCGACUGCGCAUUCGCAACCUGGACACCACCGACACCGGCUACUUCCAGUGUGUGGCCACCAACAGCUACGGCAUCGUCUCCACCACGGGAAUCCUCUUUGUGAAAUUCGAUCCGCUGCCAACCCCCCAGUCUGGAAAACCUUCACCAGAUGAAUUUGAUGAGGAAGGCUUCUGCCAGCCGUACAGAGGAAUCGCCUGCGCUCGCUUCAUCGGGAACCGGAGCAUCUUUGUAGACUCGCUGCAAAUGCAGGGCGAGAUUGAAACUCAGAUAACCGCUGCCUUCACCAUGAUUGGCACAUCCAACCACCUAUCGGAUCGCUGCUCUCAGUUUGCCAUCCCGUCGCUCUGCCACUUUGCCUUCCCCACAUGUGACCGAAGCUCUGGGAUUGAUAAACCACGAGACCUGUGCAAGGAUGAGUGUGAGAUCCUGGAGAACGACCUGUGUAAGACGGAGUACAUCAUCGCCCGCUCCAACCCCAUCAUCCUCAAACGACUCAAACUGCCCAACUGUGAGGACCUAGCCGCAUCAGACAGCCCCGAGGCGGCCAACUGCAUGAGGAUAGGCAUCCCUAUGGGCGAGUCCAUCAACAAAAAUCACAAGUGCUUCAACAGCAGCGGUUCAGAUUAUCGGGGCACCACCAGCGUGACGAGAUCAGGCCGCCAGUGCCAGCCAUGGAACUCGCAGUAUCCACACAGCCACACCUACCUCGCUGUGCGCUAUCCAGAGCUAAAUGGUGGCCACUCGUACUGCCGUAACCCAGGCAACAAGCAGGAGGCGCCCUGGUGCUUCACUCUGGAUGAAAGCGUUCGCAUGGAGUUGUGUGACAUCCCUGCAUGUGACCCGGAGAAGCGUGGAGGCAGCAGUAUGGAGAUCCUUUACAUCUUGGUCCCCAGUGUUGCCAUCCCUCUAGCCAUCGCCUUGCUCUUCUUUUUUAUCUGCGUGUGCCGGAAUAACCAGAAAGCCUCGCGUCCACCCACCCAGCGCCAGCCCAAACCUGUACGCGGCCAGAACGUGGAGAUGUCCAUGCUGCCUGCGUACAAACCCAAGACUAAAGCCAAAGAACUUCCUUUGUCAGCUGUACGUUUCAUGGAGGAGCUGGGUGAGUGCACCUUCGGUAAAAUCUACAAAGGUCACCUGUACUUGCCAGGUAUGGAGCAUGCUCAGCUUGUGGCCAUCAAGACUCUGAAGGACUUCUCCAGCCCACAGCAAUGGAACGAAUUCCAGCAGGAGGCUUCUGUCUUGGCUGAGCUCCACCAUCCUAAUGUUGUGUGUCUCCUGGGCGUGGUGACACAGGAGCAGCCUGUGUGCAUGCUCUUCGAGUUCUUGCCACUUGGAGAUCUCCAUGAGUUCCUGGUCAUGCGCUCGCCACACUCGGAUGUUGGCUGCAGCAGUGACGAGGAUGGCACGGUUAAGUCCAGCCUGGACCAUGGAGACUUCCUGCACGUUGCAAUGCAGGUCGCAGCUGGCAUGGAGUACCUAUCCAGCCACUUUUUCGUCCACAAGGAUCUGGCAGCGAGGAACAUACUCAUAGGAGAACAGCUUCUUGUUAAAAUUUCAGACCUGGGACUGUCAAGGGAGAUCUACGCCUCUGACUACUAUCGUGUGCAGCCUAAAACACUGCUUCCCAUCCGCUGGAUGCCUCCAGAAGCCAUUGCAUAUGGAAAGUUCACCACAGAUUCAGACAUCUGGGCUUUCGGAGUGGUUCUUUGGGAGAUCUUUAGUUUUGGCCUUCAACCCUACUACGGCUUCAGCAACCAGGAGGUGAUCGAGAUGGUGCGCAAGAGGCAGCUGCUGCCUUGCCCAGACGACUGUCCACCACGCGUCUACACAUUAAUGAACGAGUGUUGGCAGGAAGGACCUGCACGGAGACCAAGGUUUAAGGACAUCCAUGCUAGACUGCGUGCCUGGGAGGGCUUGUCAUCCCAUGCCAGCUCCAGCACACCAUCCGGAGGCAAUGCCACCACUCAGACCACCUCACUCAGUGCCAGCCCUGUCAGCAACCUCAGCAGCCCACGCUAUGCUGGAUACAUCUAUGGAGCUCCUCAGGGGUUACCAGCAGGCCAGAUUGCAGGUUUUGUGGCAGCACCAAUGCCACAAAACCAACGCUUUAUACCUGUGAACGGAUAUGCCAUCCCUCCAGGCUACACUGCUUUCCCAGCUGCCCACUUUGCCUCAGCUCAGGCACCCACACGAGUGCUCCAGCACUGUCCUCCCCCUAAGAGUCGCUCCCCCAGCAGCGCCAGUGGCUCCACCAGCACGGGCCAUGUUACUAGCGUGCCGUCCACAGGCUCGAACCACGAUGCAAACACGCCACUGCUUUCACACUGCGUCACUCUAGCUCCUGUGGCCAACGUGCAGAGCGGCACGGUGUCCAUGUUUGGACACAUGGCACAAAAAGGGCUGCCGAUGGACCCGGCUCAGGCAUCGCUGUUAGCCGACUCCAACAGACUCAUGUACAGCGAAUCGGUCAUCACCGCUGACUUGUGAACACAUCUUUCCUGUUUUGUAAAUGAUUAUAAUUAUUGACCUUUUAAAAUGUUUUCUUUCACUGUGUAAAUACCAAGUAGCCGGAAUGGAAUGUAAAAGAUUUAUAUUCUAUGGUUUUAUUUGAAAAUGCAAGAAGAGAAUAAAGGAAAGCCUUCAUCUCUUCUUACUGAUGAUAUUAGUAUGAAACCUGAAGAAGACUUUUGGGACCCUUUCGUUUUCUUUUGUUCGCUCUUUUCCAGCUGCAGUGAGCUUACUGUAAAGGAAUUCUCAUCUCGAUCGGAGCCUUGAAAUACAAUGGUCAUGAAAUCAUACCCUUUUCACCAAUGUCCGCCUCAAAGCCAUGUUGAAUGGACUGUGGCUUGAGCGCUAGUCAACAUUUCUCUUUUUCUUUUCUCAGUCAAAGUCUGCUGGUUUGGUUGAGCUUUGGUAAUUGCAAUAAUAAUCCAGUGUACUGAUUAUUGAAGGUGGGUCUUACAGUUUUCACUUGAAAUUUCUUUGUGAUGCCUUAUUAUAAUUUCAACUCUACAAUGCCUUUUCAGGUAGCUUUAAAUCUUACCAAACCCUAGAGAAUUUAAUCAAUGAAACUACAUAUAUCCUUUUUUGUCUGACCUCUGGUAAGGUUUAUUGCACUAUAAUCUGGUGAGUGCAAAAGUUUGCGUCCCCUAAUGCCAAAAUUAACUAUUGCAUUUAUAGUACCCCGGGUGGCACGGUGGUGUAGUGGUUAGUGCUGUUGCCUCACAGCAAGAAAGUCCAGGUUCGAGCCCCGUGGCCGGCAAGGGUCUUUCUGUGUGGAGUUUGCAUGUUCUCCCCGUGUCCGCGUGGGUUUCCUCCGGGUGCUCCGGUUUCCCCCACAGUCCAAGGACAUGCAGGUUAGGUUAACUGGUGACUCUAAAUUGACCGUAGGUGUGAAUGUGAAUGGUUGUCUGUGUCUAUGUGUCGGGCCUGUGAUGACCUGGCGACUUGUCCAGGGUGUACCCCGCCUUUCGCCCGUAGUCAGCUGGGAUAGGCUCCAGCUUGCCUGCGACCCUGUAGAACAGGAUAAAGCGGCUACAGAUAAUGAGAUGAGAUUUAUAGUACCCUGUCUUCCCUGAUUCUUCCUGACAUCUGUUCUAAUUCUGCCACCUUGACCAAUCUUUGGCAAGUCUAACAGACAUUUCUCUCACUGUGUCAGGCAUCACUUGAAAUCAAGCCUUUUCUGUUUAUUUUGCUUCUAUUCAUAAACUAUAGGGACUACAGACUUUAGCUUUUAACUGCACUUACACCAUGUUUGAUGUGAAAAAGGAAGUUUUAUGACAACAAGUGUUUCACGUUAGCUUAAUAAUCAGCAUUAAAAUGUUGCACAGUACUUAUUUUAAAGUCAGUAAUCAUAAUUUUAGCAGGAAGAACAAAUUAUCACUCCCUGAAUGAUACCCGUCAUAAUCGUAGCAUUGCCGGCUCUACAUUUACAUUCCAUUUACAUUGAAUUAUUUGGCCAAACCUUUUCACUGUUUACUAAAUACAGAUGAGUCAUGGAAUACAGAUUCACAGAAAAUAAAAAAUAUAAUACAAAGCACGGAUCUUUUAUUCACGGAAAUGUGAUUUUUCUGGGAAAUCUCAAUAGUAAAUUAAUAAAAUAAACAUAUAAAUGCAGGUAAGAUAUUUUAAUUAUGAACUUUGGC